GGGGAGGGGUGCACCGCUAAUUUCCACAUGCUUGUAUGUCAAUUUAAGACUCGGACUGCGUUUUUAGUGUGUGGCUGACAGUAGCAGCGAACUCCAGGGUGCCUACCUGUAUCCAGCAAGCAACCCCGGUGUUGGAGUUUUGCUCGUUACCUGAUCAGAUGAGGUGCUUAUUGGGACCCGCGUCUACCUGCGCACGCUGAAUUUAAUUUUUUGGGUCUUUUGGAUAUUUGUGCCAUUCUAAAAAAGAAAACGCACACUUCUCAGUCUUGUUUCGGGGUGCUUUCGCUUUUGAAGUGAAUGAAAACUUCCCAGAGUCCCUGACAACUUCGGUUUAAAUCGUGGGUAGCUUUUGUGGACAGAAGCGGAUCGAUUUCUACGGAGGAAACAUGUUCGGCAAACGCUCCGUUAUGUUGCUGAACCUCCUCGUUGUGGUGCGUGCGGUCUUGGCUCACGAGUGCACGCCCUGUAACCUCCGGACUUGUGCAGUUAAAGUCGCGCAUGGCUGCGAGGGUGGCCGGAGCGUGGCCAGGGAUCCAUGCGGAUGCUGCGACCAGUGCACGCGGCUGGAGUGGGAGCCAUGCGGCGGGCGGGACUGGGCGCACGGCUACUGCGCCCUGGGGCUGACCUGCGCCUCCGUCAACAGGACCGGGGCCGCCACCAUACCCGAAAUUGGAGUGUGUAAACUUCUUCCCGACAAUCCAGAUGCAGGCCUUGAGGACGAGCGCUGUCCUCUAAUUAUGGGCUGUGAAAAAGCAGAAGCUGAAUGCGUGUGCGAUGCUCGUUACUCCUGCUUGGGAACUUUUACCUAUCCAAAUCAAGAGACCUGUAUGAAGGCCAGUAAGUCAGAGGGUCGAAGGCACGAGCACAGGGAGAAACACAAAGAGAAAUAUGUGGGACCACCUAAUCCGACGUGCAUAUUCUCCGGGUGCAACCUGACUGCUGACGGCUGCAUGUGUGAAUCUCAGAGCUGUCACCACAACUUCACCUACAUCAACCGCAGCCAGUGCCAGGAAGCAGCAGAGGAGCUGAGGUGUGCUGGGGUGAAAUGUCCUGCUCUGCAGCUGCCCUCUUGCCCCAAAGGGUCGAUCCUGACAAAGAGCUACAUGCACCCUGCCGGUUGUUGCCCCUCCAUACCACAACAAUGCACGUGCAACUUCCGUGCCUGCAACAAAACCCGCUGUCUGAGCGGCCAGCGCACUGUUCUGAUCAGGCAGGCCAGUGGUCGGUCAGGAGACUGCUGUGACGUCUUCAAGUGCCAGAAAGUCUCUCCAAAAUGCAUUUUCAAUGGGAAAGAGUUCUCAGAAGGAGAGGUUUACCGCAUGGACCCCUGUUGGUUGUGUCAGUGCCGUGGAGGAAUCUCCUUCUGCUCCAAGGCCGAGUGUGCUGAGCUGGACUGUGAAAGGUUCUACAUUCCAGAGGGCGAGUGCUGCCCCGUCUGCAUAGAUGUUGAGUUGAUGUCGAUGGACCGCACCAAGGCCAGUUGCUGGGUAAAUAACAAACUGCGAACCCAUGAGGAGCAGUGGAAAGAGGACGACUGCACAUUCUGUCAGUGUGUGGAUGGGGAACCACACUGUACAGCCAUGGCAUGCAAACAGAGCUGCCAAAACCCUGUGAAGAUCCCUGGAGAGUGUUGUCCCUUCUGUGAAGAGCCAUCUUAUGAAACAGUUAGCCCCUUGCUGUGUCCACCAUUGGAAAACUGCUCCCUUUUAGGGACUGAAUGUCCCUAUGGGUUCCAACAAGACCAAAAUGGGUGUCUCCUCUGCCAGUGUCUCAACAAUGACUCCUGCCCUGACCUGCAGAAAUACUGUUCCCUGCAUUGCCCCAUGGGAUAUGAGAGGGACGAUUUCGGCUGCGAGGUGUGUGAAUGCAGCACUCCGACAUCCAAGUGCCGGCCUCUGACCUGCACAAAGACCUGUCCUUACGGAUAUGUGCGGAACAAGCAUGGCUGUGAAAUGUGUCGUUGUGUGAAAUGUCCUCCCUUCACCUGCGACAAGCACUGCAGCAAUGGCUAUCGACAGAACAGGAAGGGCUGCAACAUCUGCAUGUGUAAAGAAAGCAACCAAGUCCGAAGCACAACUGUUCCAGCCCCUACACCCAGUUUCUGCCUCACGUCAAAUGGGCGCCGGUAUGACGAGGGUGACAGCUGGCAUGAUGGCUGUCGUGACUGCUACUGCCACUCUGGACGGGAGAUGUGUGUGCUCAUAUCGUGCCCCAUGCCCAGCUGCUCUCAUCCUGUCGUCAAGUCUGACCAGUGUUGUCCUACAUGUGAAGAUGACUUUGGCAGCGGCCAGCCUGAGGGGAUGGACAUGGUGGUGUGCAGAGCACCUGGAGGAGAAUUUUACGUGGAGGGAGAAACUUGGAACCUGGAUGAGUGCACGCGCUGCACCUGCAGGAAGGGACGCGUCCUGUGUGACACUGAAGUUUGUCCCCCAGCUCUCUGCCAGACACCCAUCCGAAACAAGGACACCUGUUGCCAUGUGUGCCAAGAAGAGACAGAGAGCACCUCACUCCCAGUGAACAGCACCCAGCAACAGUUCUGCAUAACCGUUGAAGGAGACAUGAUGCAAGCUGGAGACUCCUGGAAGGCCAACGCCUGCACGAGCUGCACGUGCAACUACGGCGCUAUUCAGUGUUUCUCUCAGCACUGUCCAGCAGCCAGCUGCAGGGUACCAGUGUUACGCAAGGGCCAGUGCUGCCCACAUUGUCUCGAAUCAACAACAUCAGCACCAGUGACUGUGUCCACCAGCAAACCAAAGGCAGUGGUCACCACCACAGGUCAAAGUGGAUCUUUGAUUACAACUGUGACCACCCCACUUGUCUUCGCUGAUACAGACCAGCCACAUUUGCAUGAGAAUUACCCGAGCCAUACGGAGAUGGCCCUUGUUUACCAAUCAGCAGCAUGGAUCCUUGCAGGACUCCUUUUGGCCAUCAUCAUAUUUGUCAUUGUGGCGUUACUCAUCAACAAGAAAAAGAAGUGGGUGCAGAUGUCCUGCUACAGCGCACCAAAGAAGACCGUGAUCCUCAAGAAGCACGUGAACAAGAAUUCUGUCAUCUACAUAGAUCCCUCCAAGGAGAACAAUUUUCAGAACAUGAAGAGCAACUGCGGCAUCAUUAACUUUUCUCCGGAGAUGAGCUCACCUCCCUGCACAGAGAAGAUGACCAUUCCUAGAGCCAAGCUGAGCAUGGGCAAUGACUGGACGCCAUGCUAAAAGGAAUUUAUAACAGCAACUAAGGCAAAAUAAAUUCCCGUACUUCUCAGUUUUUCCCACUAUUCAUUUUGUGUGACAGAUAAACUAUGGAUACUCGGCAAAAAUCACUUGACUGAUGCUCUUCAUCGUUCGCCCAUCAUCUUUCUAGUUUGGACAUUCAGGUUAAGCGACAAACUUAGAGGGGGAUGGACAAGUGGACGUAUUAAGGAUACAGCCCGUCUGGGUUGUAAGGAGAAUCCAGAGAGACUCAUCUGCCAGAAUCAAACUCUGAUACUGUAACAUACUUGCUUUUUACUGUUUCAUUUGAAACUGGAACUUUGCAAACAAAGGAGGAAGAGAAAAAGCUUUAGGAGAGGGGUUGAGCUGUGGCAUAAAGGGAACACUGGAAAUUCUAACCCCCCACGAAGUGCAGAAGUCCACCAUGGAUGUAACCAUUGUUAGCAGGCCAGAUUUAAACCCCUGAAUUAGAAUGUGUGGUUUCCUUUUAGUUUUUGUAUAUUUUUACAGGACUUGCGUCAUAUGUUGUCUUGUUUCUGUUUUGUUUCUGUCUUUAGAGGCAAAGUUUUUUUUUUUUUUUUUAUGUCAGUUACAACAUUCCCAAACACCUCACAAAUAACAGCUUUGCAUACCUUCAAAUGACCACAGUCAUUCCUUUUACAAAGAAAAACGUAUAGUAAAGCAGCUGAGUGUGCUUAAGUAUUCAUAUCUCUUGAAUUUUUUCACAUUUUUACAUGUUUGACCAACAUAAACCAGAGCAUAAUUGGGAAGUAAACGGAAAACGAUAAAUGGUUUCAGAAAUGUUUUUGUUUUACAAAUAAAAAUUAAAGAAGGUGACGCGUAUUUGUAUUUAAAAACACGUCGAACCAGAUGUCUCGCUGCAGUAACAGCUGUAAGUAUUUUGGAGUAUGUCUCCACACACUGCACAUCUAGGGACUAAAAUCAUUGCCUAUUCUUUGCAAAAUAUCUUUUGCUCCAUUAAAUUGGAUAGUAAAUAUCUGUGAACAGCAAUUUUCAAGUCUUCCCACAGAUUCUCAAUUGGAUUUUCUGAAGAGAAGCAUCCACACAGCCUGAUGCUGCCACCACCAUGUUUCACCAUAGAGAUGGUUUGUUCACUGGGAUGUUCAGGGUACUAUUUACCAUCACAUAUAGAGUUUUAUCAGACCAAACAGUUACAUUUUGGUCUCCAGUGACCAGAGCAUCCUUUUUCAUGUGUUUGCUGUGUCUCCUACACAACUUGUGGCAAACUGUAAACGGGACAUUUUGUGGCUUUCUUUUAAAAAUGACUUUCUUAUUGCCACUCUUCCAUAAAGACCAGAUUUGUGACUUAUAGCAGUCAACAGUUUCUUUCCUCAUUACCUGUGGAAGAGUUAGAUAUACACCGAAAAUUGUUUAGGGGCGUCAGAGUAAUCUGGGUUAAAAAUAUACAUGCAUGCCACACCUUUCAGAAUUUUAUUCAUUAAAAACAUUUAAUGUUUCCUCUUGCCUCCACAGUUAUGUUCUUCUUUUUGUUGGUCUAACACAUAAAAUCCAGAGAGAAAUGUGAAAAAAAUCAAGGGGUAAUAAUUUUAUUUGCAAGAAACUGGAGGUGAAUUCAGUCAUCCUCUUUUAGCCAGACCUGUAACUCAUUUGAAUGCUACUAGAGCUGAAGCAGGCUGAUAUUCCUUCAAGUCAUGUCAUGUUAUGACCAGCCAAGGAAAAAAAAUAUGGAUCUAUGGGUAAUGUCUUUGAUACCAUGCCUCACUUCUUUCACACUUUUUUCUUUCACUACAGAGCUGCUGUUUACACUUCAGCAAUUGCUUGAGAUUUUUUAUUUAUUUAUAAAGCCUUAAUUCUGCAGCCUUAAUGCUUUUUCUUCACACAUUAUUUUGGUUUUAACAUUUAGCCAAGAGAAAAAAAAGUAGCUUACACAAGAAUGAAGUGUUCUGGAUUAUCCGCUGUUUAUAUUCUUGGGAAUAAUGUGAAGUGUUAGAGUUCAGCAUGUGUACAUAUUGAUACAUAAAAUUUCAGUGUUUUAGAGACACAUGAUUUUUCUUAGCACCGUACAGAAUUCCUGAAGGAAUAAAGGCCCUAACCAGGGAUUAUUUAAGUAGACAGAGAUGUUGAACCACCAGAGGUGGAGGUUCUGGACCUGUCUGCUCCGUACAAAGGAGGACAGAUUCCGAGAAGCAUUGCAAAAUGAAUCCCCAGCCUAGGUUCUGGAUGAGAGUUGUCUGUCCUUUGCCAGUAUCCCAAUUCAGAAACAGUUCCUAUGCCAAAAUGGCUCAGAAACCAAUUUAUACUGGAGUGUUUUUCAGUAUGUUUGUCUGUUUGAAUCACAAGCUUUAAAAUGUAGUCGGAUCGUAAAAGCUUACACAAUUCUCUGUUCUUCUGUGUAAAAACUAGUUUAAAUUAGUAGACGAGAAGAGAAUCGUAUUUAUUUUUUCACAUAGCUUUAUUUAUUAAUACUAAAGUAUAGUUUGAGAUUUUUUUCUUUAUUGAAAAUAGCUUUAAGUGGCCAAAUCCAAUGUACAUUGUAGACCGUUUACCAUUUCUAUCUGCUAUAUUCUCUACGUUAUUUAUUUCAGUGUUGCAAAUCUUGUGAAUACGUUUCUAGAUUAGAAACUGUAACAUUUAUGCUUAUUUUAAAAAAUAAAUGUGUGAACUGGA